AUGGGGUUGGCCGGCGGCAUCAAUGGAUCUUCGAAAAGCUUCUGCAGGCUUCGGGGGAUCCUCCUCCUCCAGAGGCACAACUCCGCCAUUCCCCCUGUCAGUUCCUGCCUGGAAUUCGCCAACGCGAUGUUCUUCUCCUGGUCAAUUCCCGACGAGGGCUCCCGGCCGGCUGUCAGAGAAGCAGGCGGAGCUGAAGAGGUGAGCAUCGUGGCGACCAAGGACUUGCUCUUGGAGCCGCAAAGCCAAUGCACCCUGAUGCCGGGGCUUGAUGCAGACGAGGAUGAGAAUGCCGAUGCAAGCGACGAAAGGGUCCAGCACGUCUUGGAGGCUUUCAAGAAGUAUGACAAGGAUGGCGACGGUAUGAUCGACUUCGUCGAGCUGGGAGCCUUGAUGCGGGGCCUGGCUGGUUCAGCAGCUGAGUGGACGGAUGCUUCCAUCAAAGUCUUAUUGACCGCCAUGGAUUCGGACAACGAUGGCAAGGUGGUGCUGUCGGAUUUCGGGGUCUGGCUCUUUGGCACCCAGCUCUCCCCCAUGGAAGAGUCGAAGCUGAAAACUGCCGAGCUCACCUUGCAAGCCUCCAACGCAAAAGCCAAAGCCCAAAGCAAGGCCGCGGCCAAAGCCAAAGGCAAGGCCAAGGCCAAGGCAAAGCCAGUGCCGGAGGAGGAGGAGGAAGAGGGAGAAGACGAAGAAGGAGGGGACGACCCUGAAGACGAUGAGGGAGAGGACGAGGAGGACAGCGACGAGUAUGACGAGGAGAGCACAUUGUUCCUUAUGACAUCUAGCUCUAAAUAUCACUGUGUAUACCAGUGUCUGCCCCAGGACGACGUCGAUGUGAAGCAGCUGAGCAUGACCGGCCGCAACGCCUUGUGGCAGAAACUAAUGCCGGCACGUGCUGGCUCGGCGCAGGACGCUGCAGAGCGCAUGAAGAGCCUGAAACCUCCUGAUCCAAAGCGGCCGGAAGAUCACAAGCACGCCCUUCUCUACUUGCAGAACCAUGCUGGAGCCGACCGAGAAUUGGACGGAGUCGCCCCCAAAGGCGCCGACCGCAAGAAAGCUUUGUCAUGGCUGAAAGCUGCUAUGUCGAAGAUCAGUGACGGCGAGAAGUCUUAUCAGCUGCCAGUAAAAUGGCUGAUUGCAAACUGGAGGCUGUGGCCCGAUCCAGACAGGAAGGACGAGGAAGGCUUCCAGGACUUGAAGGCUUUGGCAGUCAAGAAACUCGAUGGCAUCGGCGUCAAGUAUGAGAAGCAGUACGUCGAAAACAAUAUUGGCCAAGAGCUGGGAUUCAUCGGUGAAGACAUCGAGAUCAAAAAGAGGCCCAGGCAGGAUGAGCACAUAGUGAUGCCAGAAGAGAGGUUGGGCCUGGAAGAGCAGGACGAUGAUGAGGAUGACUACAGGAUGUCUGAGGCAGCCUACAUCGUCCUGUUGCUCAGUGCGGUGCAUGCAGUCGACCAUCUCUUUCAAGACAAAGCAAAGGAGAUCUGUGAAAGCGUUGGUGGAUCCGUCCGUGCCCCUCCUCCAAAGGGCUUCAUGCGGAUGUGGGCCAAGCUGGACACAGACCACGCAAAGGCUGCAUCCCCCAAGGCGGCCGAGAACAUCGACACGAAUCGAGUG